CGAUUAUAUUCUUUGCCUGCGGGAAUCAUCACCCAAUAUACUGGGGAGAGAACUCAUAUAAAAAGAGUUGCUCGUCACCGAGACAGCAUCAUUCGAUCUUCUCACAUCCUUCAGUUUAACAAAAGUUUACACACCGCAGCAGCCAUGGCAUUUAAGUUCCUUGCAUUUGUUGCGCUUGUAGCAACAGCGCGCGCUGGUUUUAUUGGCUCACCAGCUGCGAUUCAAUACGCUGCACCAGCGGUGGCAGCACCUGUUGCUAAAUUAGCUUACGCCGCUCAACCAGCGAUAUCAUAUGCCCCUCAACAAUUAGCGUACGCUGCGCCAGCGGCUCAUGUACAAGUAGCUCAUGCCGCUCCAGUUGCUCACACUUAUGCCGCAGCUCCAGUUGCAUACGCCGCUGCUCCAGUUGCCAAAGUUGUCAAAACAGUUGACACUGAAUACGAUCCAAAUCCUCAAUACAGUUACGCCUAUGAUGUUCAAGAUGCAUUGACCGGCGAUUCAAAAACACAACAGGAAUCACGUAAUGGAGAUGUCGUUCAUGGAAGUUAUUCUCUUCUCGAAUCAGAUGGUACACGUCGUGUUGUUGAAUAUACCGCCGAUGAUGUCAAUGGUUUCAAUGCUGUGGUCCAUAAAGAACCCGCUCAAGUUGCUGUGAAAACUGUUGCUGCUGCUCAUGCUGCACCUCUUGUCAAUGCACAUUACGCCGCCCCUGCUGCAUAUCAUUUGUAAAAAAAAAAGAAAAAUAAUACUUUCCCACAUUUACCAUAAGAAAUAAUAAUACUCUCAUCUUAGAUAUUUAAGCACAUAAUAUGUUUCUUCAUCUCAAAUAAGAAUCGAAUUGUUUUUGUAAAUAAAAAAUUUUGUAUGAAUGAAA